GGACUCAUCAUCCAAUCCAUCUUCUUCUCCCUGAGCCCCCGAGUCCGUCGCCGGAGACGUCGCGCCUGCGCCCACCAUGGACGAGAAGGAGUUCCGGGGCAUGCUCGACCUCUUCCCCGUCGUCCGCUCCCGGGACUACUGCGCCGAUUCUGGAACAUCCAGCAAAGGAACCAGACACCGAACACGAGUUCAGGAAGCAACUAAGGGCAAUAAUAAGGACUCAUCCGAUGCACAAGAUAUGUUUUUGCAGAAGUUGAAGAUGGCCGCAGAGAAAAAAAUCGGAGCCACAAAGGCAGAGUUCUUCUGCAAGGCAUUUGAAGAAGCUCAUGAGAAACUUGUUUACAAAGAGCUGAAUUUGGAUGCUGCUAAGAAGUUUCUGAGCGCAUAUGAGAGCUGAUGAUGAACAAUAGAUAGAUGCUGCUCAAGGAUCAGCAGGUGCCAAUGAUCAUGGAGAAUUGUUGAUGCUUUUGAGAUUUUGAUCAUUGGCAAACUUAGGCCAUUGAAAUGUGUUGUGUGCAGACAGUAGAUAUCCCUUUUUGGUUAGCUACAAUAUAUAUAUUUUUUCAGAUAAACGUUUGAAGUUGUCCAUUUGUACACUAAUAUACGUUUUUCUGUGUUUGCACUUGUAUUCGUUGUAUCUUUUUUAAAUUUUAGUAUAAAAGGGAACCUACUACUCUCCUUUUC